CAACGACCAUUGGAUAUAUCCUCCAUGACGCUGCGGCUGACGGCCACCCUACUGGAGCAGUGCUUCAAUUCGAGAGAUGACAGUGACCUGGAGAUAUUUCUGAAGGAUGCUUCGGUGCCUUGCCAUCAGCACUUGCUUCAAGCGAGGUGUCCUGCGCUGGAUACCACUGCAUUGAAUCUCCCGGAGAAUCCAAGCGUGGUGGAUGAAUUGCUGCGUUGGGUCUAUACGGGGAAGAUGGCAUUGCCGCUGGAGGCUGUUGGUGGGGAUCGGAUUGCACAGCUCGCCGAAAUGUGGGGAUUGCGCGACUUGCAUGCCAUGCGCCAAAGAUUGCUGCGCAGCUGGCGUCGCGAACCUGCUCGAGGCUGUGUGGAGGAAGAUUUGCUGCGGGCCUAUGACCAGGAGCGUUUGGGCAAGACUUGGUUCCUUUGUGAGAAAGUCCAGGAGGAGGAUCCGCACGUUUACGCGGGUUUCCUGCCUUUGCUGAUCAAGGCCUCCAGCUUCUUUGGAGCGAUGUUCAGCAGCCGCUGGGCUGAUUCCUCUGUGAACGGCUCUGAUGUGGCUGUGAUUAAGGUUGGCUGGGAUGUGUCAACCAUGCGUCGAUUGAUACGUUUCCUGCACGGUGGUCCCAGCUUCAUUCGAGACAUCCAAGACCUGGAUCAGGCGAUUCAUUGCGCAGACUUCUUUGGGAUGCCAGUGCUGUUAGCUCAUUGCAACACUUGGAUUGUGGAACACCUCGACCGCGACACUGCACCGCGACUCUGGAGCUAUGUGGAGAGUCAACCAAGACUUCGCAUGAAUUGGCUGGAGGACUCCAUUUUUCAGGAGGAUAUGCUGAUCACUGCAGACAGCGAAUGUUUUGAUUUCCAUCUCCAAGAGUUUCUGAUGAUGGUGGAUGGCAUCCGCGACGGAGAAAGUUGGGUUCCCCUCUACGACUUGACUCCCUCCUUGAUGUAUCGACUUGUGGCUUCUGGCAGCCUUGAUGUGAGCACCGCGCUGCUGAAAUCCGUGGUGGCCAACUUUGUCCAACAGAAAGUGCCGCCAGCCGAGCAGAAGGCGAUGCUACAGAGGAUGAUGCCACCUGAAGUGCUGUUCAACAGGGAGCUCCGGGAUCAAGUCUUGGGUGGCUGCCGAUUGGGCGUGCGGGGCUUGAUGUGAGCCAUGUGGGGCCCCGUGGGGCUGCUGGAUUUGAUGGCUG